CCGGAAGAUCUUAAGGAACUGAGAAAUUUUUGGCCUGAGAACUGAGAAGAAACAGAUCUGAAGAUGGAGUGUGUAUUUGGUCUAGUUGGGAAUGGAUUCGCUAUCGUGGCGGCGGAUACAUCAGCAGUUCACAGUAUUCUUCUUCACAAGAACAAGGAGGACAAGAUCAUGGUUCUUGACUCUCACAAGCUCGUCGCCGCUAGUGGCGAGCCUGGUGAUCGGGUUCAGUUUACGGAGUAUGUUCAGAAGAAUGUGUCACUGUAUCAGUUUCGUAAUGGGCUCCCUUUGACUACUGCUGCUGCUGCUAACUUCACUCGUGGAGAGCUCGCUACUGCUUUGAGAAAGAAUCCGUAUUCGGUGAACAUCCUGAUGGCUGGCUACGACAAAGAAGCCGGGGCAUCUCUAUACUACAUUGACUACAUUGCAACUCUUCACAAGGUUGAUAAGGGAGCAUUCGGUUACGGCUCAUACUUCUCUCUCUCUACAAUGGACAGACACUACCGCAGCGACAUGUCUGUUGAAGAAGCCAUUGAAUUGGUCGACAAAUGCAUACUCGAGAUCAGGUCAAGGCUGGUCAUUGCACCACCAAACUUUGUGAUCAAGAUUGUCGACAAGGACGGAGCCCGUGAGUACGAUUGGCGUAUCACCACUGCUGAUGCCUGAGUUGUUUUUAUUGUGGUUUAUUAGACAUUUAUGUUACUCAGCUCACAUUUACUUCUCUAUUGAACUUGAGGCUCCCUGGAUGUUAAAGUUCCU